AUGGCGGACAGCAAUCCAGCCAACAGCACUACCAUCAUAUUUGUCCUUAUGGGUCUACCUAACACUCCACAGCUCCGUUACAUUUCCUUUGGGGCCUUUUUGAGUAUAUACUUGAUGACAUUAGUUGGGAACUUCGCUAUUCUCAUAGCCAUUGUCUCAGAUGCUCGUCUUCAUACGCCCAUGUACUUCUUCCUGGCCAACCUUUCUUUAGUAGAGCUGUGCUACACAACCAUCACUCUACCCAAUAUCCUCAACAACAUAGUAAGAAAAAGUGACAUGAUUUCCUUCCAGGCAUGUAUCUGUCAGGUUUAUCUUUUCACGUUCUGUGUCACUGUUGAGUGUGUCCUACUUGCCAUCAUGGCUUACGAUAGGUACGCUGCCAUCUGUAUACCAUUAAGAUACAGGAUUAUCAUGAACCAAGGACUGUGCCUUCAACUAGCAUCUACCACAUGGAUCGCCGGUAUCUUGAACGCUAUCAUACAUUCCAUCCCAACUUCUCUGCUGCCUUACAGUGGUGUCAACAAGGUUGACCGACUCUACUGUGAGGUCCAACCCCUAAUACAAUUGUCUUGUAGUGACACAUCCCUCAACAAGAUGUUGACCACUCUGUCUGCUUUAUUAUUUGGGGUUGGGUUGAUGACUUUUAUUUUGGUGACCUACGUCUUUAUUAUUUCAGCCAUUCUCCGAAUCCCAUCAUCAUCUGGACGGUUAAAAGCCUUUUCCACCUGUAGCUCCCACAUCACGGUGGUCCUCAUGUAUUACGGAGCCCUUAUCUUUAUGUACUUAAAGCCAACAUCUAGGGAUGUCCGGAAAAUGGAUAGUGUUAUCUCUGCUAUGUACUGCAUGGCCAUCCCUGUCUUGAACCCGAUAAUCUACAGCCUGAGGAACAACGAAGUGAAACUUUCUAUAAGAAAAUUUUUGACGUUGAAGAGAUUCACUUAA